UCUGAACUCUCUCGCGCGACGACGAUCAUUUGUUUGUCGCGAGGAACUUCAAAUAUAAAUUCUAAUAUAUUGGAGAUUAUACAAAUUAGUGUGUUGCAUUCAUUAUUUGCCGUAUAAUUGUUUUAGAUAAUGCCGGCACUUUAGAUAACAACUGAAUUUUUUGUCAAUUUUUCGGGGCUCGCAUCGCGACCAUCUCGUUUUGCGGCGUCAGAAGCGAGAAGAUCCGUGUCCAGAAUAUUCUUGCGGUAUACGUUCCAAUAUGGCAUUUGUGAUCGAGCGUAUAUUUUUCCUUUUCUAUUUAUUUUCAAUGUAUUUUAAAUAUACACCAAGAUUACAUAUCGUGUUAAUUUUACAGCUAUUUAUUGGCUGUCAAAGUAAAAAGGGCGAAUUUUCGAAAUCUAUUACAAAUGUGCUCAAACGAUCACAAAUAUCAUUUUAUGAAUAUAUUUUGUUUACUUCAAUGCGAACAUUUUUGGCAUAUUUUUCACGCUUCUGCCGUUAUUAAUCAAGAUGGCUACGGCAAAGAAGCCUUAACGCGCAUCAACUGUUGGGAGGAACGACGAGUGGGAAGCGUCGGUUCUAUCAAAUAUUUAUUUGCCCACGAUACGCGCGUGGGACGAAUGUGCAAGAUUUUGAAUCAGAAUUCUCGAUUAACGCGAUCGAAUAUGCACUUUAUUUCGAUUUCCCGCAAGAAAACCGGUUUCGUUUCCUCGACGAAAUUAUCGUGCCCGAGCAAUAUAUUUGAACUGAUUCUUGGUUAACGGUAUAAACUGGAAAUGCAGAACGCGGGCCACCGUCAACUCGUGUUUUAUUCAUCGAAAUGUUGCAAUUCACGCUAUCGUACGUUCGCUGUGGUAAUUUGUUUUCGCAAAUAUGCGAUAAUCGUUUUAAUCUUUCUUUUUUCAACAUGACGAGUUCUCUGCCACUAUACGCGUUAUCGUCGCUAAUUGCGGCAAAUUCCGCUGUCGUUCCCUUUCACUUCAUUUUCGGCAUCUGUAAAAAGUAUUCAUGGAGAAACGUUGCUCUUUUUUUGUUUCUGCAAAAAUCCUUGACGACAUCCUCGAUACAACAAUGUUGGUUUCUUGUUGAAACGUUAGAUUCCGUCAUUUUCCUUUUUUUUUCUUUUUGUCUCUUUCACUCUCGUUCAUCUCGUUUUCGUUUUUCUCUCGUUGACAACAAUGAUGGUCGCCGCGUGGCAACCGGCGCGUCGGAUUCGAACAAUGAUGCUGGAUGAAACGAACAGUCCGAUAGAGAUCUGUUAAUUUAAAAGUCUGAUGCACCGAGCGAGUAUUUUGAACCAUCUAUAAUUGUCGACUUUGUUACAUUAACAGUCGGCACUGUACAGUUCGAUCUGUUCUUUAUCGCAUUUGUGCGCGCUUCUCGCAUGAUUGAAACGUUCGUUUCAGCAAUUUUAGGCAAAUUUAUGAAUAAAUCGACUUUUAUGCAGUUUUACGUGAAUUGUAAUUCUGUGCUAGCAUCUGUACCACUCAUCGUUAUAUGUUCAUGAUUACGAUGAAUAACUGACUUCAAAUACAUAUAACCUGUCAUUUGAGAAUUACGCGUGACUGAGCGUAAAGAAAAGAUCAUCGAUUUUAUUUACAGGUUCAGUAUUUUGAUUAUCUUAAAGAUUAAGUAUAUGGGUAAACCUUUACAAAACGAGACCCGCCUCCUAUGAUCUUGACAUAUAUUAUAGAGAUCGUCCUUCUGAGGUAAUAGAUUCAGAAGGUUUUAGUCGUCUCUCGGUCAUGGUGAAAAAUGAAAAAAUUACCAAAAAAAGAAGUUUCAUAAACAGGAUGUAUAUUUUUGACAUCGUAUGGGUGGAAUUUCAGUUGUAUAUGAACAGUCGUAACGCAAUAUCGUGAUAUAAAGUUCUGACAUAAAGUAUCUAUGAAUAAAGUAUCUAUGAAUAUGCAACAAUAAGCGUUGCAGAUACCGGUAGAGAAUUGCGAUUUACGUAAAACUGCGAUUAAUGUUCUUACGGUUGUUUCGUAACCUACGAUAUUAUGAUUUAUUCAUAUGUUCGCUUAGAAUUGUAUUAGUUACGAAAGUUUUUACUAUUUUAUCUAGAAUUGCAGUAUAAUUAACUUUUUGCGAUCCAUGCCGCCAUAAUGGCGGCAUUCGCAAGUUGUAGAAGUCCGUGCCGCCAACCUGGCGGCAUGAUGUCAUUCAUGAUCGUGUGUUUUAAUAUCUUCUGUAUGUUUUAACAUCCACAUAUUGACUUUAAAUCCCCUACGGAAAAGUAACUUGCGAAACGCUAAAUUUGCUCGGACCUGCUGGUACUCCCAUCAGCGAAAUCUGCGGACCGCAAAGGGUUAACGUUCGGCCAACGAAUCGAAACGUAAAUAAUAUAUACGGCUGAAGUGGGACGCGAAAAGGCGCGUUGAAUUUGGUUUAUAAUUUGUAAUCUUUUCGCUAAAAGUUCGUCGUAAAUAAACGAUCGUUAUAACGUCGCUAAAUGAAAUCUCACCGAUACAGAUCGCAAAGUAGAACUAACAUGUAUCGUAUUAAUAAAUUUUUUUCAAACCGAGAAAUAUGUUCGGAAUAUCACUGUAAAAAUUAGUUACGUACGUAUUACAUAAAAGACACAUGCGGGUCAAGAAUGGAAAAAUAAGCGUAGGAGAAAUAUAAACUGGUUCUGCAAAUACAUAUUUAUAAUCCGCUGAAGCAAAUAUAACUGAGCAAAUUCAGCUUCUCAUGGUCUUAUAUUCUAUCUUUAUGUUUUAUCGGAGCCUCCACAUUUAAAAAUUUUGCUACCAUUUCCCGAUGGAUUUUACAUUCUAACGUUCACGCUUAUCCACAAUGUAUUUUCUCUGUAAGGUUGAGCAAAAUGUAUUAUACAUUAAGACUCAUCGUGACCCAAUGCCCCAUUAUUCAGUCUCCUAACGGUCCGUUGGCUAUUCAAACAGCGAACGAACGAAUCAUAACACGUUGUGUCCUCGUCGUGUAUCUGUUUAUUCAUGACCCUGUUAUUAAGUGCGACGCAGCAAUCGUAUAUAUUAUUCGCUGACAAAAAAGACACACGGUCGUAUUCAAAUUCGCGCCAAUUCAGCGCUUGACAUUCGCAAAAAUUACUCGGCCGGGCGAUGAUCCUCAGGACCUCCCGGAAGCGUACAGUCGGUGACCGAAAGUUUGUCAUACUUACGAUCACUUUCACCGAACUCUGAUCGAUCUCUGACCGACGUUCGAAAAAUCGCCAUCAAUAAAGCGUCAUCGGUGAGAAACGUCAACUUUUCGAUGUUCGAUUGCUGAACGACAAAUUGGAGAUCGUUGUUGGCGAUGAAGGUAUCCCACUUUCCAUAUCGUUACUUAUCUCGUCGCGAUUGGUUAUCUGCGCGUUCCGCACCCCUCAACCAUCCCCGCGACGACUACAACGCCGCGCUGCCGUGGACGCAUUCGCUCGCCAGAGCUCGUCGGCGCUUCGUGAUUCGACGGUAUUCACAGGAAGUAUACGAGUGAACGAACGGAGUCAGCCAGCGGUAGGAGAAGCUUGAAAGCACGCGAUCGAAAGUCGCACGACCGGAAUUUUCACUUCUGCCACUGAGUUUCACUUCUAACCUGAAUUUGACGUAGACGAGAGGCGCGCGCAUACCUUCGAUCAUCGGCGGAGUUGCCGGCACGACCGCGCUUCUUCUGAAUAAACCGUAAGCAGCGGGACUUCGAAGCGGUUCGACACGGCAGCAGCAGAGUGAUUGCGUAAACCGUAAGAGAUAUCUCGAACAGUGUUCGCCUUAACAAGCUGAGCGAGAUGUGGCCAAAGGACGUCGGCAUCCUGGCGCUGGAAGUAUACUUUCCGGCGCAGUACGUGGAUCAGAGUGAACUGGAGGUGCACGACGGCGUGAAGGCCGGCAAAUACACCAUCGGACUGGGCCAAUCGCGGAUGGGCUUCUGCAACGACCGCGAGGACACCAACUCGCUCUGUCUGACGGUGACGCACCGGCUGUUGGAGCGUUACAACGUGCGACCGGAGCAGAUCGGCCAUCUGGAGGUCGGCACCGAGACGGCCCUCGACAAGAGCAAGUCCGUCAAGUCCGUGCUGAUGCAGCUGUUCGAGCCGCACGGCUGCACCGACAUCGAGGGCGCCGACACGACGAACGCGUGCUACGGCGGCACCGCCGCGCUCUUCAACGCCGUCGCCUGGGUGGAGAGCAGCUCGUGGGACGGCAGGUGGGCCCUGGUGGUCACGGCCGACAGCGCGGUCUACUCGGAGGGCAGCGCGCGGCCGACCGGUGGCGCCGGCGCCAUCGCGAUCCUGGUGGGCGCCGACGCGCCCUUGGUGUUCGACCACGGUCUCAGGGCGUCCUACAUGCGACACGCAUAUGACUUUUACAAGCCGAAUCCGCGUUCCGCGUACCCGGUGGUGGACGGCAAGCUGUCGAUCCAGUGCUACCUCAGCGCAUUGGACAAUUGUUAUCGGAAGUAUCGCGAGAAGGUAGCCGCGCGAAGCGGCGAGAACGUGACCCUCAACUACUUCGACGCGAUUCUCUUCCACUCGCCUUAUUGCAAGCUCGUGCAGAAGUCCUUCGCCAGGCUGGUCUUCAACGAUUUCCUCGAGGGACCGGGGGACCAAUUACCGGACGACGUCGCAAAGUUGUACGCUCGAAAACUCGAGGACACGUACUUCGACCGAGAGGUCGAGAAGGUGUUCAUGGGAGUGAGCAAGCGCGACUUCGAGCGCAAGACCCAGCCGAGCCUGCUGAUCGCCAACCAGGUUGGCAAUAUGUACACACCGUCGGUCUACUCCGGUCUGGUGUCCUUGCUGAUAUCCAAGCCGAUCGACGAAUUGGCCGGCAACAAGAUAGCCGUGUUCUCGUACGGCUCCGGUCUGUGCUCCAGCAUGUACUCGUUGACCGUGAGCAAGGACGCGCGGCGAGACUCCGAUCUGGCGAAGAUCGUCACCGCUCUCUCUUACGUCAAGUCGCAGCUGGAGGCGCGGCAACGCGUCUCACCGGCGGACUACACCAAGACCUUGGCCUUGAGGGAGCAGAAUUAUCACGUCGUGCCAUUCACGCCCGAGAGCAGCACCGCCAACAUGUUCCCGGGCACGUAUUACCUCACGCAAGUCGACGAGAUGUACAGAAGGACUUACGCGAGAGUAGUAUGAGAUCCAGUCGUGUUAGACCAAGCAAGUUUCUUAGAUUCUUAAACGCUUCCUUCUUUUUCACGCGAUAUGGUGAUAUCGGUAUUGUUAAGGGCGGGGAAGAAAGAUUAAAGAGUUAGUUUUUACUGUUUUCAUUUCCUCCGACUCAACGUCUUCCCGGUACAAUCACGUAUCAAUUGUGUUGUUUUCUUCACGCAGUUCAGUCCGUAAGUAGCGUAGCGAGCCCUUUGUUCCGUGCACUAAAUUGUACUUUCUAGCAAAAUGUGUCUCCAGUCGCAAUUCCUAAGAUCUAAGUUUUAUUAUAUGCAACUUUUGUCAGAAAUUAGGUUAGAUUUUUAUCGCUUAGAGCAAAAGGCCUGUCGCACCUAUUGCAGAUUCGGACCAAGUGGGGCCGAACUUGUCCGCUUCUUAAUGUCUGCUUUCCGGAUGUAACUACGGCAAAUGUAAAUUAUGUUAAUUUCUCAAAAAAUGUUAUUAAUAUGAAUACAGAAAAGAGAAGAUAAAACGCUGUUGUCAAUGCUUAAUAUUUACAAGUCAAUAAUUUGAUAGUGAAAUAAAUAAAUUCACUUCCAAAUACUAAGCAUUAACAGCGUUUGACUUCUAAAUGUUAAGCAUUAACGGCGUUUGGCUCUUGUUUGCCUUCUUUUUCAUCGUUUCGAUUCUGAAAGGCUUUGUUAUUAUUGUUUUAUUUUUAAUGUCAUUCGUGUUAUCGUCAUCAUAUGGCAAGUAUCAGACUUGGUGAAAAAAAUUUGCUACUAUCUCUCCCUCAUACGUGAUUUUAAUAGAAAAUAUUUUAAAAGAGCCGAAAAUAGAAACUCUGCGCACAUAAUUAGUUUCUUCGCUGAUUUUUAUAGCAUGUAACUUUUAAUGAAAAAUUACACACACAUACACAUACCGUUCCUUACAUCGUCAAUUACAGAGAUUUUUGAAUAUAUCUGUAAUCCGCCGAAGCUUAUCCGAUUAAUUGUUGUAGUUUGUUAAUACGUGCCUGUUAUAUAUCUAAUAACGAUAUUCGCAUCGUGACAAAUCUAAUUUAUCAUAUAUUGCGUUAAAGAAAGAAAGAGCACAUUCCGAGGCUCCUAGUAAUGUUAUCGCAAUGAUAUCGAAUUAUAACGUCAUAGAUGUGAAGAAAACCUUAUCUGAAUGUCGACAGUGCGAAAAUAAAAUGUUACCUCACGUUUAUCGCCCAUCACAUCUUGAUGUAGUAAUUACAUCGUAACGAGGGACCAGGAGCUUUAACAUGAAGACAGAGUUAAAAAGUGCCUUAAGGAUAUAGAGACUGUUCUCAUGUAUAAAACAUGGGCAGGGGAAUAAUUAGAAGAAUUAAUUCAGAAUAUUUUAUAUUCUCAUUAUUUCCGUCAUUUGCAUUUCUUUCUGAAUGCGAAGAAAAAAUAUACGCGGAUUUAUGACUAAUAUGUAAACGACUUAUAAGGAGGAUUGGAAAUGCAUGUAUUCCACUUUUCGAUCGAUACACAUCAAUUUAUCCGAAUUUAAUUUCCGAUCGUGCAACAGGGACAACGGUCGUUCUUCCUCGGAUAUCUGUCACGAUGAAUUCACGUUAUAAAUAACGCGCUUCGUCUCUUCUUCGUCUCCUUUUCUUUAUUGUCUUUUAUAGUGCGCGAGGAAAUGCUACGAUUAACGUAAAGCCAAAUAAGUGUUAUCAACUAAUACUUUACAUAGCGAACACUUUCAAUGAUAUAUCGAGUACCGUUAUUUACUAUAUCGUUAUUUAUGCAAAUACAUGCACACAUAUACACUAUACAGAUUUAUAUAUAUAGCAUGUUGUUUAUUUACAUUGAAAUAAAUGAUUCGAUGCUAAGGAUAUGUUAAAUUAUUAUCGUACAAUUUCGUAUUAGUUGAAAAAAACGGUUUAUUAUGCAGCAAAGAAAUUGAAUUGUAGAUAAGUCUGUACAAAUAAUGGGCCAGAUAGCACAAGUCGUCCUAGAAUCGUGCCACGAACGUGUUCAGAGUGUCACUGAGAGUAUGCCCCAAGACAUCCUGAGCAUUAUCGAGGAUAAUCUCAGGACAGGUUGCGCAAUCCAAAAAUUAUAAUUACAAUAACAACGAAUAAGUUGACUCUGCUCACAAAUAGAAAUCGACGAUUAGUCUUGGCUCACUGUGAUAAAUGCCUUUUUAGUGUUUGCCGUGAUUGUAUUAUUUUGGAUUGAUAUAAAUCCGUCGUUUAUAUCAAAUGAAGCACGAAGAUUAGUUGAAUGUUAAUGGAUGUUAAUGGAUCAAUCGACAGUGAAUUCUGGAAGAUUGUAACGAGUAAAAAAUGAUUUAUUUAUUACAAUUUAGAGAAUAUCAACACAUGUACAGAGUACGAUACACAAAUGAUUUUUAUACUAUGUACGUACCGGGCUCAAUACGUUAAAUAAUAUACAUUAACAAAACUAUCGUAAUGCACACGAGACGUAUCUCUUAGAAGAAAACAAAAAAAACAUAUUUUUCAACUAUCUACACAUUUAUAUAGUAUAAAUACGUAAUAAAUAUUUUGAAUUGCAGUAUAGAGUGACGAUUCUUUACACCGUUGUGAACCUCAUGCGUCUUAUCGGCUUAUUCGGUAAUUGCGAUGUGGAGACAUGGUAAAUUUAUAUUUCAAAAUAGAUUGCUUUUUGCACAAGCAUAACGAUUCGAAAUAUAUAUUCGUACAUAUAAUUGACGUAUAACUAACGAUGUAACGGAAGAGAUCGGGGAGUGUACGUACUAUUGGCAUCUAAAAACGUACCCUCCACUUCGGCAUUCCUCCGAGAUCUGAGAUUUACAGGUUACGCAAUGCAGAUAUCUAAAUCGAGUUCACGCGAGAUUUAUUAGCGCUGCAUCACAUAUCGUGGGUACUUUGUCCGAAAGAACGCGAACGCAAUAACAAACUUCCCGAGGAUAAUAUAUUUUUGUGCAAUAAAAAUUGUUAAAAAAAUAUAGUACAAUGAUUUGUAUAAACGAUAAUAGAGAGAUUCGUUAUAUUGUUUGUUCAUAAAUAACAAUCGCGCCUGUUCACGCGGAAUGCACAUUCUCGUCGCGCCUUCAGCGCCUCAAAAUGCAGCAAUUUGUUCCGAAAUCGUAUUCAAAUGAAACAAAAGACUGAAUAUCGGGCAGCUUUUUUGGCGCGAAGCGCGUGUCGAGAAUGCGACUAAAAAUCAGUAUUUACAAUCUUGUAAUUUGAACGAGUGCUCACAAAACUAUCAUGCAAUACUUUAACAGUGCAUUCUGGGCUUCUCGAAAUUAGAAUUUUCAAGUAUAGUUCUAAAAUAUGCUUAUUAAAAUAUUGUACAAUAGUUUUGAACUUUUUAUGUAUACAUCUAUAUAUAUGCCGAAUGAUUCAUUUUAAUCUUAACAAGUUUUGGAGAAAUAUACUUUUCGAAAGAAAUGCUGAGAAUAAAAGAAAAUUUUCCAUUUAAUAUAUUAUGUCACGAAAGUAUCAGAAUAAAAGGUGAGAUAUUUUGGGAAAUAUUCACUUUUUUGAUGAUCUCUUACUUCGGUAUUUUUAUAUAUAGAAAGAGAUAUUUACGUAGAAAAUAAAAUCGAUUCAUAUCAAGAAAAUUUGGUGACUCCAUUAGAGAGAAAUUAAAGCUGACCUUGGAAAAAAACAUUGCGAGAGUAAGUAAUAUUAUUUUGUCUCCCUUCGAACAACUUUCAAUCUCAGCGUCGUUUCCAAAAAUGUAAUAUUCGGAAAUUUCUCGAUAAAAUCAAAAUGAAUCAUCCUGUGUAUAUAUGUGCAAAUAAAUAGAAUAAAUUAAAAAAUUAAGUUACCACGCACUACUUAAAUCCUUUAUAAUCCUCUCGCACUCCGUGAGCGUCUCUCUGUACGUUUUAUCAUAUGAGAAAGUGUGAAGUUUACCAAAAACUUUAAGGCACUGGACAUCUAAGAUUUGUUCAGGUCGCUGUAGUAUUUGUAGAGUAUUAUUGUGUGCAUACGUGUGUAUGUGUGCGGGCGUGUAUGUGUGUAUAAAUUUGUAUGUACUCGCUAAAUCGCAUAUAAAAAUACACGAACGUGUCUUUCCAGUACAAGCAACCUCGAGGUGUGAAAGUAAGUUACUCUAUUUUUUAAAUAAUAUCCUUACGUAACAUUCAUAUUUCUCGACACUAGCAUAAUCAUUUACGUUUUUACGUACUUUGCGCGGACAGCAGAAUGAUUUGUAACCUCACGUAUAAUAUAUACGUUCAUCAAUAUUUAUAAAUUAGCUGAAGUUGACUGUUUCAUUUCCAGAUUAAUUUUUAUCACUGUGGCAACGUAAGAGGCAGUGAAUAGAGAAGUAAAAUAUAUCUGCUCACCCGACGUGCUUUUUAUCAUAUCUGUAGAAAAUUUACUCGUUCGCAAAUAUUUCUGUCAUUCAGACAGACUCGCGGGAGAUGGGGGAAAUUAUUUAAUGGUUCGAAGCAUCCUGAAGAUUAACAUCCU